AGUGAGGGUUGCGCACCGUCGGGAGAAACUACUAACAAUCGACAUUUUCACUUUUAUAGUCAUAUCGGGUUUGUGAUUGAUGCCUAGGAACAUAUCUACUCAAAAUUGCAGAUGAUCCAGUAGGUGAUGGAAAGCACAAUGCAACUACUGUUCUUCAUAUUUUUAUUUGAGCUGAUAACUUGCUUACCAGAAACUAUACCUAUUGGUGGCCUUUUCCAUCCUGCUGACGAUAAACAGGAAAUUGCAUUUCGAUACGCCGUAGAGAAAAUCAAUAACGAUCGCUCUAUCCUACCGAGAUCAAAGCUCAGUGCACAAAUCGAAAAAAUACCCCCGCAGGAUAGUUUCCACGCUUCAAAAAAAGUGUGUCACUUACUUCGCAACGGAGUAGCGGCAAUUUUUGGUCCACAAUCUGCUCAUACUGCUAGUCACGUACAGUCGAUAUGCGAUACAAUGGAAAUUCCACAUCUGGAGACUCGUUGGGACUACAGACUCCGCAGGGAAAGUUGCUUAGUUAAUCUUUAUCCGCAUCCUACCACUCUUUCAAAGGCAUACGUUGAUCUAGUGAAAGCAUGGGGUUGGAAAUCAUUUACGAUAAUCUACGAGAACAACGAAGGACUCGUUCGUCUACAAGAAUUACUCAAAGCUCAUGGACCUUAUGAGUUUCCUAUAACUGUGCGCCAAUUGGGGGAAGCUUCGGACUAUAGGCCUUUACUGAAACAAAUAAAGAACUCUGCUGAAUCCCACAUAGUGCUGGAUUGCUCGACUCAAAGGAUUUACGACGUCCUGAAGCAGGCGCAACAGAUCGGGAUGAUGAGCGACUACCACAGUUAUCUUAUCACGUCUCUGGACCUGCAUGGUGUGAAUUUAGAAGAAUUUAAAUACGGCGGAACUAAUAUUACAGCAUUCAGAUUGGUUGAUCCAGAUGGUCCGGAAGUUCAUAAAAUUAUACGAGAUUGGAAUGCGGGAAUCGAUAUAAAAAACCGAAAAGGUGAACCACCACCGUUGUAUAGGGAUAUCCAGGAUAACACCACCUUUGUUAAGGCAGAAACGGCAUUAAUGUACGAUGCAGUCCACUUAUUCGCCAAAGCAUUACACGAUUUGGAUACUAGCCAGCAAAUUGAUAUCAAACCGCUGAGUUGCGAUGCUGUGGAUUUUUGGCCUCACGGAUACAGCCUCAUCAAUUAUAUGAAAGUGGUGGAGAUGAAGGGUCUGACGGGAGUCAUCAAGUUCGAUCAUCAGGGAUUCAGGACCGACUUCGUCCUGGAAAUAAUAGAGCUUAGCAGAGAAGGACUGAAAAAAAUCGGGACGUGGAAUUCCACUGAAGGUGUUAAUUUUACAAGAACCUACGGGGAAGCGUACACGCAGAUUGUGGAGAUUAUACAGAACAAAACUUUUGUUGUCACAACGUUGUUGAGUGCUCCUUACGUUAUGCUGAAAGAAACGAGUGAAAAACUGUCAGGCAAUGCACAAUUCGAAGGAUACGCAGUCGACUUAAUCCACGAGAUAUCUCGAGUUUUAGGAUUCAAUUACACAAUUCGACUAGUGCCAGACGGUAGAUACGGAUCUCUGAAUAGGGAAACCAAAGAAUGGGACGGUCUCAUCAGAGAAUUGUUAGAUCAGAAAGCGGAUUUGGCUAUAGCCGAUCUCACGAUUACUUACGACAGAGAGCAAGCAGUGGAUUUCACAAUGCCUUUCAUGAACCUGGGUAUUAGCAUUCUCUACAGGAAACCGAUCAAGCAAUCUCCCAAUUUAUUUUCUUUUUUAUCGCCGCUAUCGCUCGAUGUUUGGAUUUAUAUGGCGACAGCGUAUCUCGGAGUGUCUGUCUUACUGUUUAUUUUAGCAAGGUUCAGUCCGUACGAAUGGGACAACCCGCAUCCAUGUGACAGUGUACCGGUUGUACUAGAAAACCAAUUCACUUUGUUGAAUUCGUUGUGGUUUACCGUCGGUACUCUCAUGCAACAGGGCUCAGACAUUGCACCAAAGGCAGUUUCCACUAGAAUGGUAGCUGGGAUGUGGUGGUUUUUCACUUUAAUUAUGAUAUCUUCGUACACGGCCAACUUGGCAGCGUUUCUCACUGUGGAGAGAAUGGAUUCGCCCAUCGAGACGGCCGAGGAUUUAGCCAAACAAACGAAAAUCAAAUACGGGGCCCUUAGAGGCGGUUCGACGGCGGCUUUCUUCCGGGAUUCCAAUUUCUCAACGUAUCAACGUAUGUGGGCGUUUAUGGAAUCUCAACGUCCGCCCGUAUUUACAUCGAGCAAUCAAGAAGGGGUGGAACAAGUGAUUAAGAGCAGAGGUAGUUACGCUUUCCUUAUGGAAUCAACUUCUAUUGAAUACGUCAUCGAGAGAAAUUGCGAAUUGACACAAGUCGGUGGGUUGCUCGAUUCUAAGGGAUACGGUAUAGCUACACCACCCAAUUCGCCGUUCAGAACUCCCAUCAGUGGCGCCAUCCUCAAACUACAAGAAGAGGGAAAACUACACAUAUUAAAAACAAGAUGGUGGAAGGAAAAAAGAGGAGGUGGUAGAUGCCGAGACGAAACAACGAAAACUAGUAGUACAGCUAACGAACUGGGACUAGCGAACGUGGGUGGAGUUUUUGUUGUACUGAUGGGUGGAAUGGGAGUAGCUUGUGUCAUCGCCGUGUGCGAAUUUGUAUGGAAAUCCCGGAAAGUAGCAGUCGAGGAACGGGUGAGCAGCAUUCUACACGACACGUAGCUAUAAAAGAUGAGAAAAAAUUGUUAUUGUUUUUUUUGUUUAUGAAUAUAUGGCUAUUGAGUUUCAGAUAUUAUUAUUAAUUUAAAAAUUAUGACAAAUAUAUUGAGCUAUUUUUUAUAUAGAAUUAUGUAAAUGUGUCACAUCUCUGGUUGGGUAUUAAAAAUUGAUUUGUUUUUCUUCUAAGCAGUUCUUUAUUUCUUCUUUAAAUUCAACGUCAAAAACCACUCCCAGAUCUAUUUAUGUUACAUAUAUGGUUGUUGUUCUUCUUGGAUUCUCUCUGCUACCUCUCUUGUGAGUAGGAAAAACUGUCCUACAGUCAACAAUUAAUCUUUAUUAUUUGCAUAUCUGCCACAUUUUUGAAAUAAAAACUUCUGAAAAUGGUUUGGUUUAUUGAGAUUAACUUAACACCUAAUUUAAAAGUCAGGUGGUUGACUGUAUACUACACUGUAGAUACCCUGAACGAGUUCGAUUUUGCACCGUAAACCGACCUUUAAAUAAGUACAACGCUUAGGUGACCUCAGUGAAAGUUGCAGAAAUUUUGUUCCUGGUCAUUUCGUACGUGUACGCACAUCGAACCACGUAAUCAAUUAGUAAUCAUCUAACUACCUACCACAUAGAAGCUCCCAAAAUUAAAUAUCCACUAGAAAAAUUACAGUAAAAUGUGUCGAAUAAUUUACUUGGAAAGCGCGGAAACAAAGUACCGCUCCCCACAACAUCUCAGAACAAUCUGAAUAGUAACAGCCACAAUACACACACAACAACCACAACCUUUAGAUAGUCAACUCGAGUUUCCGUUUCAGCGCCAUCUCUUGGUUAAUUAGCAUUACUGAACGUACAUAGAAACGACAGUUUCCUUUCUGCUUUUGGCGGCAAAUUUCAAACUUUAAAUUCAAAUAUUGCGUCUAGUUAUUUCUCGAAACAAUUCAAUG